AUGUCUCCAUAUGCAAUCCCUUCCGAUGUUUGGGCCCUAUACGAGGAAAAGGUUCAAGCAGCCGGCAGACAUGCAAUAUCCACUCCUGGGUCUAACAUAAUCCUCGAUGUCGUUACCCACCCCAGAAAUCUGAAUCUAUUGUUCAUUGCAUACGGAGGAGGAAUCGUACUUUCUGAUCUCGAUAUACUACUCCCUCGUCGCCCGGCUGUGACAGCCCUUGCGGUGCAUCCCUCAGGACACAUCAUCUCAGUCGGCUAUGCGGAUGGCAGUAUUGCCUUUUGGGCACUGGAGGACGAAGACCGUCCCCUCCUUGUCCGUACUUUGGACGAUGAGGAAGAUGUAGGGGUCAUGAAUGUGGACAAGCUCGAGGCUGCACUGCCUUCUGGCCAACCAUCUGCGCCUCAUCAAGAAAGGUCAGCUGCCUCCCGCGAACCGAUCUUCAAACUCUCAUGGAGCGGAUUCCCGAAUUCCUCUGAUCCCCGCGGAGGCAACACCGUUUUGACGGUGUUGGGUGGGCUUGCGCACGAUUCUUCUCCAGGGCUUACCACUUUCCUACUCCCCCCGCUAAGCCCCCAUGCGUCGCCAGCUUCAGAUGCAAAGGGGAAGGGACCCGCAUCGCCCGCGCUUCAUCCCGAUACUCGCGCUGCGAUGGUGGCGUCUCUCCUACCCCUUGACUCAUAUGCCUAUAAUACUGUCGGAGCAGUGCAGGACUUCCUGUUGAUCCCUCGAGCUAAUCCGCACUUUGCGGGCGCGUGGGACCCCCAGGCAGUAUUGCUACUCUCCGACUCUGACCUGGAUCCCACUGGAGCCACGCGAGUGGUGGAGGCGCUCGAAUUCCCGCCUCCUGCGUUCGCCCCUUCGACCUCGAAUGCUGCAGUACCAGAAGGGACUACCAGUAAUUCAGCACCUGAUGGCGAUCUCGACAGCGCUCUUGCAAAUGAGCUGGCUUCCACCCUCCAGUCAAUGUCUCUCUCUGAAGAUCCUAUGAUGCUCAAUCUUCCAUCUGCGUUCGGAGCUAUAUCAGACGGCGUGAUCUGGGAGAAUGACAGACACGCCAUGCUGCCAAUUCGAGGGGGGAAGGCAUGGCUCGAGGACACCGAAGGGCAGAUGAAACUGAUGAAGUUCCAACCUCGUCGUGUAUUGAUAACUCAUGACCAUGACCUAGUCUUGCAUUUCUACGACCUCAGUGCUCAGUCGCUUGUCAGCUCAUUCGACGAACCUCUUACCAACUCAUUACCUGACCCGCUGCCAAGUCUGAUGAUCGAACUCUCUGCCUUGUUAUUUGAGCCAUCUCUUCGACCUUCACCUUCGGAUUCAACUCAUACCACCGCAGCGGAAGCAGACUCCUCAGAAAUUGAUUCAAUCCUUCUCGCACCAAAUAGUCUGGAAUGUAUCACCGUGUUCAGGAAUGGGGCGGUCAUUUUGCACAGGCUCGAUGUACAGAGUACAGGAGACCCGCCUGAACUGGAAGAUGACGAGCUCGUCUCCCUCGCACAUCUGUCUGUCAGGACCGGCUUGCGCUAUAGUCCGUUUUGCGCGAUCAGGUCCAAGUAUGGCAGAGUCACCGCCUGCGCAAUUUCAGACGUCGACCCUGUGUCUCGCAUUCGUCUGAUUGCUGUGUCCACAUCAGGCCACGGGUCCGUGUACACGCUCGCACGCUCGCCUGCGAACGUGUGGACGAUCCCCGACACGCCCGCUGUCUCUGAGGGCUGUGUGCAAACCGCUCCCGGUGGUUCAUUUGUCCUCGAUGCGAAGAGCGGCGCCCGUCUACGUGCUGACCCUCAGGCGUUCGCUGCAGUACUCGCCAACGACAGCGUACCGCAGCAAGCCGAAAACGCAGAGAGUGACACAAGGAAACACGGCUGCAUUUGGGUUAACGCGGGUGCGAAAGGCGCAAAAUGUAUCGCAAACCUCGUCGGCGACCGAAUUGCAAAAGUGGACUGGAGCAGCAGGGUCGGUCGGGUUAUCAGAGUAGAAGUUGUUGAGAAAAAUGGUGGAUGUGCACUUGUCGCCUUCACGGAGCCUGCGGAAGCCCUCAUCUACUCCCUUCCAUUCCUUGAGCACCUCCACACAUUGCAGCUGCCUGAGCAGUCUCUUGCAAACGUCUCGACAGACCCGACAGGCGACUACAUCACAUUCGUCCUCGACCCCACCACACGCCUCACUCGGGAAACGCGCUACGGCACGCUCUUCGGCACUCGGCGCGCGGCGCCAUACGCACCGCCCCUCGUCGACCUCGCGUUCGGGCGACCGCCCGUGCCGCCCCAGCCGGCGCCCGUGUCGCUCGAGCCGCAGUCGGUGAUCGGCUCCGUGCUGGGUUACCUUGGGCGAGGCGUGAUGAGCGGCGCGGAGAUCGAUGCAUUGUUGGCAGGCCCGGACAGGCCUGAGCCGCCUCAGUCCAACUAUGAUCCCGCGGGACGGGUGCCGCCGUCAUCCAAGACUACUGGCAAGGACAAGGACAAUACGGUCAAAUCCGCAGCAGACUCGAUGUCAACUGGUGUCAGCGAUCUGUACAACAAGCUGGGUACCGCGCUUGCCGAACGAGGGCAAAUGUUGGGCGAUCUCGAAGAGUCGUUCAAUUCGCUUGAGCAAGGAAGCAAAGGCAUGCUUUCCCAGAUAUCCGAGAAAGCCGUCAUCCCGCGUGGUCUCACGCUUAUGAUCCCAUUCCUCGGUGUGGUGAGCAACGAGUUGACCGUCUUUAUGGGUUUUGGAAAUGAAACGGGUGAGCGCAUGUCGUCGGCCGACAAAGGACGAAGCACGAUGUACCUUCGUGGGAGACCCGGACGGGUCACGGUAGUAGGAGACAUCCUGGUCGAUCAGAAUAGUGCCCUUCGGAACCGAUGGCGGGUUCUCGAGAAGGCGGAAUUGCUCGAGAUGGCAGAGGCACGGUCAAUGUGCAUGCCUGGGAAAAGGCGGACAGACCUUGACGAGGCCAUUGAACUGAGCCCGGAUGGCCUUGAUUCCCUCGGCAAUCCCGACAGGAUCGUGAAACGUCGCAUCAGACGUGUAGAUCUUGUCUCAGUGCUUCUUUCUAAGAUCCACACUGACAAGGAGGAGGCAUGA